AUUGAUAAACACGUACACGUAUAUUUUUUUUAAACUUUGUUUGACGCAGAAAUUUUCAUGUACAAAGGAUUUCACCAAAAUCAGUUCUUUAAAACAAUCAGAGAAGACAGUUAUGCUUCAAUACUGCGUUUACUCAGAUGUACAACAAUACCCUACAAACAAUUUUAUGAAGAAUUUUUUUCCCCAUCUUGUGAAAAAUAAUAAUCUAUCAGCCUUUAUCCAACAAGGGCGGAUCAUCCCCCUCGACCCCCUGUGAUUUUAUUUGUAUCUUUAUUUGGGAACAACUUUACAGUUUAUCAGUAUUUACAGAAGAUAAGAUAAACAAAAAACGAUGAUUAUAACUUGUUUACAAUUCUGCGAUCAAUGUCCGUCUGCGUGAAUGUCUUUCAUUGGCCUUUACUCAUCAUGACCUCCGGAAUAUGCUCUGCUCGUUCCUCCUGUUCGCCUUUCUCCCUUCGAGCUUUCUUUUCCCUGUUGAUGGAUCUGUAGACUUUAGAUGCAUUGAGCAGAAUUACCAGUACCUGAGCUGUCAGUGGCAGUCCUCUAGUGACGUCUCUUGUUGGUCCUUGACAAAAUCCACAGCCUCAAAUUCCAGUUUUCAUGUUUGUGACAUACAAAAAAAUGGAGACAAUUUAGUUUGCAAUAUUUCACAACAUUUCUACGACUCUUUAAGCGAAAAUAGCUUUUUAUUGAAGAAUUCAUGUGAAAAUGCUUCAUUUACGCAAGUCUUCUCUACGAAGACGGACAAAAACGUACAACUGAUUCCUGUGAAGUACAUUCAUUCUGUCUGGACUUCGGAGACGGAAGUUAAUCUAACAUGGCCACUUCCGGUGUACCCCUGUAUGACAAAUAACUUCACUGGUGGAAUCAACUGCACGGCUACUGUUUCUACCCACACCAGCAAUGUAUCGACAAGUUCAGGAGAGCCUCUGCCUCAGCGGAAACAUCAAGAAAAGUGGACAUCAAUCAGUAGACCAGAAUCGGGUUGUUUUAAUCUGCCGGCUUUGUCUCUAACAUUUACGUCUCUCCAGCCAUCUACAAGGUACAAAGCGUCUGUAAAAUGUCGUCCUCUGGGAUCAGUGUUCUGGAGCGGUCUCACGACCUGCUAUUUCUGGACAAAUAUAACGAAACCCCAGGGCGUUCCAUUCGGCAAACCUGGUUCCUAUGUCCUUUAUAGAUGUGGACUAAACAACUGCCUUACCCUCUACUGGAAGAUGACCCGAUAUCAUGACGAAGAAAUACUUAGUUACAGUCUCAGUAUUCCCCAAACGUCAUCAACAGCUGUCACCGAUGCCGACAUUACCAUGGCAACAUUUCGGGAUUUGCCAAUGCAGCAUUUCUAUGCCGUAACCAUUCGAGCCAAAAAUACUGCCGGAACCUCCGCUCCUUUGCAAGUGUUGAUUGACACCCAGACUUCCGACAGUUAUAUACCUCGAUAUGUCUCCGCUAUGCAAGUAAGACCCUUCACGUUUGAGGUAACAUUUAGCCAUGCAGAUUUAGGACACCUUGUAAAUACAGUAAUGUAUUUUUGGUGUCAAGGGGAACAAAGCGGGCUCGUUGUAAAGUGUCUGGGCGACAUUAGUUGGAAGGAAGUCCCUAUUGGCGAAGUGGCGAGGUAUUUGGACAAGUACAAAUACAAUUUAACAACAGCCACUGAAAUUGAGCAACAUUUUGCAGUGGCGAUUGUAGACCAUGGAAAAACCUCAGGGAUGGUGUGGGGAGAAACGGUUUAUGAAAGUCAAGACCCCAGAGAAAGUACGACAUCCUUACCGGUCCUUGUUGUUGUACUCUGUGUUACAGCAGGGCUUCUGAUCAUCAUUUUUGUGACCAUUGUCACGAUUUUAAAAAGGAGGAGCACGGCCACGUAUGAUAUAGAGAUGAUAGACAUACCUACCACAAAUAGAUCUUAUGACGUCAUAAACACAACGUGACAAAAAUUAGAUGUCCUCCGCCCAGAUUUUGAUGUUGCAAAUGCCGACUUCUACAAAGAAUAGAAUGUAAGGCAGCUGUUGGUCUAUGUUUUAAAGGAGGAAAUCCGUUCACGAUCGGUUCUGAUCACAAAUAUAUUGUAUGCAUUGCAAACAUUUACAGAGACUAACGCAAAUUGACUUUAAGAUUGCCGUAUUCACUGCUCUUGUUACCAAUCAUAUCGUUCUAAAAAACUGUAAAUAUAAAGUUGUGAUUGUAGCAUGAUUUUAUCAUUCAGUAUUUACAAUUAUAUUUAUUAACUGUGAAAUAACUACUAGUAUAUUAAAUUGUCAAAACGAUAAUUAUGAUUGCCGUCAGUUGAUGUAUGUCCGUUUUAUCAUGUCAGGUUAUUUAAAAAUGUCUAGUCUG